AUGGGAAAUGGUGGGGGACCCCUUUGCAGGAACCAUGUGGUAUAUUUUUAGUAGGGAGAGUUCGUAUUCGAAUUGGAUGUGUGGGGGCACAGCCUGCUCGAAAUAGAAUGUUACUCCUGCAGCUUGAUCCACUCGUGCAAUAACCAGAUCGAAAGGCUAAAUGUAAUAUUUUAAAAUUUCCCAGUCUCCUUGUGGUAUGCGGCAUGAGGAUGACAGGGCACCGGGAGUGCGGGGAAUUGGAAAAUUUCGAAAGCGUACACACUGAAGAGGUGAAGUCGGAAAACGGAGGUCUUGAAUGCAAACGGUGCAAUCUUUCCUUCUCGGCGGAGUCCUCCCUGAAAAUGCAUAACAACCUACAUGGAAUUACUUUUAAAUGUUUGACAGAAUCCGAAAUAGCGCUAAGAAGGGAUUUACUUUACGAAGAAGUAAUUAAACAGCAGGAAAAGGAUGAAGAGAGGGCCAAAGCAGCUUCAGUCGCACACAAGCCGAGGAGAGUUUAUAGGCCGAAAUCGACAAGGGUUGGCCUCACCAAAGUGAAAAUGGAAGAGUGUCUUCGCUGCGACGCCUGCUCCUGCAUCUACAUCGACCCGCAGGAUUACUACAAGCAUAUGAGGAACUUCCACCAGAAGUUCAACACAGUCAUUCCCAGAAGCAGAAGAAAGGUUACCCAACAGAUUACAUUGCUCAGCACCAUGAACGAGAUGGAAAUCAAGCCGAAGCAGGAAAAACAGGUGAAGAAAACAGUGAACGCUGAUGAAACGACGAAAGAUACACGCAACAUCCAAGAGCACAUAAAGAAUCGAUGGAGCAAGGUGAUCCUCGAGAGGCUCAAGCUGCCCGAACAACCAGUCAAAAUAAAGGAAGAACCGCCAGACGAUGACUACAGCUACCUGCUUGGAAACGUCGAAGUAAAAAUCAAAACAGAACCAAUGGAUGUAUAAUCAAUCCCUCCACCAUUUGACCCUAAAUGAUCUCAGAAACUUAAAGUUCAAUCUUCUGUCGAUUGUUCUUAACAUAACUCUAGUCUUAACACAAGUCAAUGUUCAAGCAUCGCCUUGUCGAAUGUUCGCCUUAAUUGGCCAAAAAAUACUAUUGUAUAUCAUCUUAAUGUUUGUUGAUUUUUCAAAACUAUAGCCAGCGCGUACCACCAAUAUGGAUACUAUUGAGGUGUUUGUAAAAAAAAUAUGUUUUAUUUAUUAUCUAUAUUAUUUAUUAUUCAAUCUAGUUUUUUAAAUUUAAUUUGUGUAGCAUUGUAUUUGUAUAAUUCUAGUCAAGUUUGUUGUCAGAUGUGUUGUUGCAAUAUGAUAAAAUUCACUUUGUUCGAUGAAAUUUUGACUCUAAUGUGAUUUAAAAUAAUACUCAAAUCGAUUCACACGCUCAGUUAUAAAAAAUAUGUUUA